AUGUGGGAAACUCGCGAGUCGGAACGCGAGUUUCCAGAAUGGAGAGCACCAGAGGAGGGCAGAGUUGCGCCGAAAGGCGGGAGGGAGAAGGUAGCCGCGAGAGCAAGGCCAAGGGAUCGGCAGGCGGCGGCGGCGUCGCUGGACGAGGCAGAGGAGAGCGACGCGACAGAGGAGGACGCGACAGGAGGGAGAACGACAGUGUGGGACGACCGCGAGAGGUGGCAGGAAGGCCUCUGGUCUUUUGAGGCCUUCGUUUUCGAGGCCUUCGUUUCGAGGCCUUCGCCCCAGCGUCGGAUGGAGUACAAGACGGCGAAGGCGCUCGAAAAGCUCGACGCGCGCAGCACGCAACGGCAGGGCGCGCUCGAGCUCCGCGCAUGUCUCGAGGCCGGCUCCCUCAGCUCUCUCCUCAGCGCGCUCCUGAAGAACCUGAGGAGGGCGCCGGGAGUGGUUGCCUCGUGCGAGACCGUCUCCAUUUUGGCCGAGGCCUUUGAGACGUCGCCGUUGGAGUGUUUGCCGAACGCAGUCAAGAUUGUCACCGCCAUCGUUGCGCAGAUUGGACGCGGCGACGCUCGCCAGCGAGAGACUUGCGCCGCUGCGCUUGGCCGGAUAGCUGCAGCACUCUCGCAGUUCCCGCCGGUUGAGGGUGGGCCAGCUUUUGGCUCCGUCGCGAGCCUGCGGCUGGCGGUCCUCUUCUCGCCUCUUGUCACGGCCCUCUCCGCUCCAAACGCCGCAAUGCAGGAGGGGGCGGCCAUCGCCAUCGUAGCGGUCCUAGAGCGCGCUGCCGAUGCCGACGUGGAG